AUGUCUGCAUGCUCCUCACAGUUCUCGGUGUCGCCAUCCGCGACACCGGAGAUGGUCAGUACACCAGCGACACAAAGCUCUGUGCUUUUUGACGACGACGUGGCAGCGGAUCCUUUGGACAUUGAGGGCGUCAGCUCUUCCUUCAUCAUGGUCGUUGGCGGAUUGGGCUACAUUGGCUCCCACACAACACUGGAGCUGCUCAAAGAAGGAUACAACGUCCUUGUAAUCGACGACCUCAGCAACUCCUACCAAAAUGUCCUGACCAGAGUCAAAUUCCUUGCCGAGGAGUUCUGCAAGGAGCAAGGCCGACAACUGCCUGCACUACACUUUCAGCAGUUGGAUUAUCGAAGUCCGCAGAUGAAGACCGUACUAGCCAAUUACUCUUCGUAUUCCGUCAGCAGCAAACCGGUAUCAGCACUAGCCCGUCGCUUCCCGUAUACGAAUCUGCAGCGAACAGAUUCCGGCAUUGACAUGGAGACGGAUGAUCGCCAGGAGCCGGUGAUCGAGCGUCGAUCCCGGAUAACAGGUGUUAUCCACUUUGCCGCCUACAAAUCUGUCGAAGAAAGCAUUCGCACGCCACUGAGGUACUACAGCAACAACGUUUGCGGUCUAGUUGAUUUCCUGGGCUUAAUCGAGGAGUUUGGCAUCAAAAACUUUGUCUUCUCGUCCUCGGCUACAGUAUACGGUGAGGGUGCCAAUUGCGGUGUGCCUCUACGCGAGGAGCUAUGCGUACAUCAUCCAGAGACUUUUGUCGACGCCGAGGGACGCGAGCGUCAGGUACUACCGGGUGUCUUGGGUCUCACUUCGCCUUACGGACGUUCAAAAUUCAUGUGCGAAUCCAUCCUUGCAGAUCUUGCUGUGGCGGAUCCGACAUGGUCCAUCACUGCUCUGAGAUACUUCAACCCAGUCGGCUGCCAUGAAUCCGGAAUACUAGGUGAAGAUCCACGGCAGAAACCAAGCAAUCUCAUCCCAGUCAUUGCCACAGUCAUGACGGGUGCCAGGCCGGUGCUGGAUAUUUUUGGCACCGACUGGAACACUCCAGAUGGAACCGCUGUGCGUGACUUCAUCCAUGUAGUCGACUUGGCCCGUGGUCAUAUCGCGGCUUUGGCUGCUUCAGCAGCUGGUCGCACAAAGGCUCCAUUCCGAACCUACAACCUGGGUACUGGAAACGGACACACGGUUCGUGAGGUGCUUCACAGCCUGGAGGAGGUGUCUCAACGGAAGAUCCCAGCACGAGAAGUCGGACGAAGGGCGGGAGAUGUUGGUUUUUGUGUGGCUGAAGUACAGCGAGCAGAGACGGAGCUGCAGUGGAAGGCUGAGAGGAAUCUCAGGGAUUGUGCUGGAGAUGUGUGGAACUUCACCAAGGGUCGGUGUCCCGAUGUGCAAGAAGUUGGUAACGCACAGUGCUAG